GAACUACGAACAUCUAAACGGGCACGCUUAGCACGCGUCAGGACAGAAUAGGAUAGAUCGUUAACUGUUCACGCAGCUAUUCAAAGAGCAAGGCAAAUCACUGACUGGGACGUAAAACCAUAAUGGCGGCAUCUACUACAGACGACACGAACGAAGACCCCCCAAACGACAACGACGCAGCCGCGACGUACGAGGCAGAACACGUGCACGCCGUGUACGAGGAGAUAGCGGAUCAUUUCUCGUCGACGAGGUAUAAGCCAUGGCCCAUAAUAUCCACCUUCCUCCGCGCCCUCCCCGCCGGCUCAAUCGGCCUAGACAUCGGCUGCGGCAACGCCCAACCCCUCCACCUCCAAAACCCAGGAAUAUACAUCCUCGCCUCCGACCCCUCGCCCAACCUCGCACGCAUUGCCGCCUCGCCUUCCACACACCCGCAUUCCACCCUCAUUGCGUCCGCUCUCGCCCUGCCGCAUCCGCCUGGUAGAUUUGACUUUGCGAUUUGUAUUGCGGUGUUGCAUCAUUUGAGUACGCGGGAGAGGAGGGUUGGGGGGGUGAGGGGGGUGUUGGGGGUUUUGAGGGGUGGAAAUCGUGGGGAUGAAAGGGGUGGGGAUGGGGAAGGGGAAGGGGAUGGAGAGAAAGGGGAUGGGAAAGGGGAUGGGAAAGGGGAUAAAAGGGGCAAAGCACUAAUCUACGUCUGGGCCCUCGAGCAGCGGACCAGCAGGCGUGGCUGGGACACCGGGGACGCGCAGGACGUCAUGGUGCCGUGGGUCGUCAAGGCCCCGAAGUCUCACAAAACGUCCAAACCAUCCAAACAACCAGAACCGUCAAACCGCAAGAAGAACGGGACCGGGGUUCGAGAUACGAAGGUCUUACAGGAAGAAGGUAAAGGAGAAGAAGAACAACCCCAAGAAAAAGGAGAAGAAAAAGGAGAAGAAAAAGGAGAAGAAAAAGGAGAAGAAAAAGGAGAAGAAAAAGGAGUCGAAACGGAACCCCAAGAACCCAAAGAAGAACGAUCCCAAGAAGACAGAGUCUACAACCGCUACUACCACCUCUACGCGCGCGGCGAGCUCGAGGAAGACGUACGCAGCGCUGGCGGCGAGGUGCUGGACAGCGGCUACGAGCGGGAUAACUGGUGGGCGGUAGUGGCGCCGCGGCUCCGGGGCGGAGGGAGGAGCUGAUGUGUGGGACAUGGGGCGGAGGAGGAGGGAGCUGGAUGUGUGGGAGCUGGAUUUGUGAGAGCUGGAUUUGUGAGAGCUGGAUUUGUGAGAGCUGGAUUUGU